AUGGCUACAACUACAGCUAUUGGAGGAAAUGGCGUCGGUCCACACUUUGAUCGCCAGUACAGUUAUGCUCAACGGUCCCGUCAGUCGUCGUCGCCACAUCAUCAUGCUCGGACGGCUGCGCUCAUGGCGCGUACUGCACCUAGCUGUAACCCUAUUACCUUGACUCAUCCUGCGCAACGACUCCUGCAAAAUGACUUGAGUGCGAAUCAACCCGGUGCUACUUCUAGCGGCAAAGCAGCAGCGGCAGAAGCGAUACGACAACAACGACAGCAGCAACAAGAACAAGGAGAAGAAUAUACUUGGUCGACAUUGGAUAUGGGCGGCAUGGGAUUAAACAACUUGUCACCCGUUCUAACCGCCGACUAUUUAUUUUUGACGGUGCUUUACAUCAACCACAACAACCUGACGAGACUACCAACAAGUUUAUCCAAGCUGACGCAGCUGACCAUCUUGGAUGUCUCGUCGAACCAAUUGACACAAAUACCCGCUGAACUGGGCCUUUUAGUGCGGCUUAAGGAGUUGUUGUUGUUUGAUAAUCAGCUGGCAAAUUUGCCGACCGAACUGGGCACUCUGUAUCAGCUGGAAACCCUCGGUUUGGAAGGGAAUCCAAUCAGUUCGGAUCUGUCGCAAUUGUUGCUGGAGGAAGGCUCGGCUGCGGUGAUUGCAAACUUGCGUGAAAAUGCUGAAGUGGGCAUGCCUCCACCACAACGGGAAAUGAUUCGUGUAUUGGAUGAUGAUGAAGUAGACGACGAUAAAAAGGAUGAUCCGGCGGAGAAGCUCUCCGUCUUGUGUUACAAUGUGCUUUGUCAAAAGUACGCAACAACGCAAGCGUAUGGAUAUACUCCGUCGUGGGCAUUGGGAUGGGAUUAUCGCAAAGAACUUCUCAUGACUGAGAUCUUGCGCUGGAAUAGCGAUGUCGUAUGCCUUCAGGAAAUUGAAAUGUCUCAAUUCGAAGACUUUUUUCGAGACCGAUUCCAGGAAGCCGGUGGUUAUGAGAGUAUAUUCUUUCCAAAGUCGCGUGCAAAGACCAUGACGGAUGAAGAGCGUCGUUCAGUGGAUGGUUGCGCUAUCUUCUACAAGGCAUCCAGAUUUAAACUGGUCGCGCAUCAUCUACUCGAGUACAGCCAAAAAGUUCUGCAGCGCGCCGAUCUGAAAGAAAGUGGAGACACAUUCAACCGGGUCAUGAUCAAAGACAAUGUGGCCGUGAUGAUUAUGCUUCAAGACAAAAAGACAGGCUUGCGUGUGCUCGUUGCAAACUCCCAUAUCCAUUGGGAUCCCCAAUUUGCCGAUGUGAAGCUUGUCCAAGUCGGUAUCCUUCUGGAAGAAAUUGAACGGUUUACAGAAAAGCAUACCCACGAGGAAGGAGGAUCACCAGCAACAAAAUCGUCUGUGUCGAUUCCUACAGUGAUAUGCGGUGACUUUAAUUCAACGCCAGAUUCAGGCGUAUACGAGCUAUUGGCCAAAGGAUCGGUCAAACAAAACCAUAGCGACUUUGGCAGUCAUGUCUAUGGGAAGUAUACCACCGAGGGCUUGAAACAUCAUUUGUCGUCGCCAUUGAAAAGCGCCUAUGCAAGCAUUGGCGAAUUAUCUUUCACCAAUUAUACCCCAAGGUUCAGAGGCGUGUUGGAUUACAUCUGGUACACGACAGACACGCUGGAUACCGUCUCUGUCUUGGGCCCUAUUGAUCAGGAUUAUCUGGACAAGGUCGUCGGGUUCCCUAAUCCUCAUUUUCCAUCCGAGUAA